CCAGCGGCCAUGCACCGCGCCGUCGCGCGCGGCGCGGCGUCCGCCGCCACGCGCCGCGCCUCCGCGGCCGCAGCGCUGCGCGCGGUGCAGCCGGCGGUCGGUCGCCGCUGCCCCGGCGAGAGGGCGCUCGCCUCCGCCGCCGAGCCAGGCGGCCCGCCCGCGGAGGGCGCGGCGGCCGCGCGGCCCGCCGAGGCGAUCGCCGGUUGGCGGCUGCGCGCGCACGCCGCGCAGAGCGGCGUGCCCAUGGUGGGAUUCGGCGUGGUGGACUGCAUCGUCAUGACGCAGGUCGGCUCCACCAUUGACAGCGUGCUGGGCUCCGCGCUCGGCAUCUCCGCCAUGACGGCCGCGGCGAUCGGGCUCUUCUGCAGCGACUCCUGCGGCGUGCUGUUCGGGGGGACGAUCGAGUCCUUCGCGGGGCGGCUCGGCCUCCCUCAGGCCGCGUUCACGGCGGACCAGAUGGGGCUUCCCCAGGUGCGCCGCGCGGCCACCCUGGGCCGAUUGCUGGGCGUGCAGCUCGGGGUCCUCCUGGGCAGCACCACGCUGCUCCUCACGCCCGCCAAGAAGCCCCCGGCGGAGGCCGGGGACGCCGCGGUCGCCCAGGGAACCGCCGCCCCGGACGAGCCAGACGACAUCGAUGCCCUCGAGAGGCAGAUCGCGUUGCUCAAAGCCAAGGUCGAGGCCAAGAAGGCCCCCGCCGCGGACGCCGCGGCCUGAGGGGCACCACGCCGCCGCGGCCGCGGGCCCCUGCGCCCCGAGCGCGCCCCGCCGAGAAGCGCCACCGCUGCGAGCGCGCGUGCCGCCGCAGCUGCUGCCGCGGCGGUCGAUGUCGGCGUCGGCGUCGGGGUCGCCGCCGGCGCUGGGGGCGUCGGCGUUGGCGUCGGAGUCGGCGCGGGCGUCUGCGCCGUCAUCGCCGACGUCCACGAGGGCGAAGGCACAUGCGUCGACGACGCGCGCUCUUCUUUCCUGCCUCCUCCCGCCCUCCUCCUUCAUCCCUCUCCCCUCAUGUCUGUCUGUCAGUCUGGCCGUCCGCGUGUCUCUUUGUCUGUCUUGUCUGUUUGUCUAUUCCAUUCAGCGGCCAGGUGAUUCGAGGCGCGUUUUGUCCCAAUCCAUUUUUUGGGGUUCGCCCAGCAGUAAUGCAGCAGACUGCGGCGAGUCUCUGAGGUCGUACAGCGACGACACGGCUAUCGUCGAUGUCUUACUCGCAGGCGC